AGAAGGGGGCGUGUUUCUGCAGAGCUGAACAUCUGGAAGCCCUUACUGCUGUUGCCCAGUCUCACAGUCUCACAGAAACUGAGGAAAGCGUGGAUUACCACUGACCAAGAUGUCCUUUGUAAAAGUUGAUUCUGAGUCUGACUUCUCUUUUCAAAACCUUCCUUAUGGAAUAUUCUCCACGCCUGAUAAUGUAAGUGUGUUUAUUUUUUGAUGGAUGGAUUUUAAAUACCUUCGAACUUUUCACUGAUCAGAGCUCUCAAGUAAUAGGGAUUGAAAACUUCUGGUCUAGCCUCCAAAAUACAUCCUCAGUUUAAAAUUUAAAAUUGAAUAUGAAUAAGUGAACUGAGGCAUUAGUGCAAAGUUGGUGGAGGUGUGUAUAUAGAGGCAGUGACUGCACUGCAGACUAUGAGUCUUUGUGUGCACAGGUAUAGAGUUUAAUGACAGCGCUCAUUAAAGACAUUGAAACACAAGCUUACAGAAAAACACAUUAAUAAUAAACACAAUAAACACAAUAAUAAAAACAAUAAACACAGUUACAGAAAACCUUCACAAACAUCAAGUUUUUAGAAAUCUGCUUGACUCAUAAUGAAUAAAUGAAUGAAUGAAUGAAUAAAUGAAACACUGACUUGAUUGUAGUGUAAAAGUGUAAAAGUAUUGUUGCUCAUAUACAGCAUUGCCAGCUAUAUUAAACUGUAUGUUAUUUCUUCAGCCCAAACAUCGCAUUGGGGUUGCCAUUGGAGACCAGAUACUGGACCUCAGCGUGGUCAAGUCUUUGUUUCAAGGGCCUGUGAUGUCAAAUCAUCAGGAUGUUUUUGAUCAGGUAAGAGUUCAUCCACUAUUUUAACAGAGAAGUUUGCUGAGCAGAGCACCAUUAUUUAGUUUCACGCAAUUGUUCUGCACUGUUUGGCAUCAUAGAAGAAUUAAAGAUCCUGCCGUACAAUGAAACAUCUUUUCUUUAUCCUAAAUGGUAAAAGGUUUGUGUUUAUAGAUUUACAUUUCUCUGGUCUUCUGACCAUUCAAAGUGAUUUAACAUCAUGUGUCACUUUCACACCACAGUCAAAAUGGCACAUGCUUUAUAUAACUAUAAAUGAUAUUAUGUGUCUCUGCAAUGAGUGGUGGAAUUUAAAUGACAGGAGUUUUGACUGCUAUGAUGCUGGCAAGUGUCGUUGGGGAUCAGAUAGCUGCUUUACUGAUCAGAGAUUCAAUCCUCUCUGUCAUAGGCCAGGGUUAAACCGAGGAAAAGGACCCAAAAAGACAGACAAAACAAGAAGAUUUAUUUAAAAGAACUUAAUAAAAAGCAACAAAAAAUUACUUCAAAAAUGUCUGACUGAAAAAUCCCAAGGAAAAAUCCAACAAAAAGGUACUGGGGAAAAAAACACAAGGAAACUAGGGGUUCACACAUCAACUAUGACUGACACACAUUGACUGACAAACACACAAUGAACCAACAAAGAAACAGGGGAAGACAGGGACCAUAUAUAUAUAUAUUUUUAUUUUAUAUAUAUAUAUAUAUAUAUACCAUAUACAUUACCAUAUAUAUAUAUAUAUAUAUAUAUAUAUAUAUAUAUAUAUAUAUAUAUACCAUAUACACUGUGUGCAGAAUUAUUAGGCAAGUUGUAUUUUUGAGGAUAAAUUUUAUUUUUGAACAACUGCAGUGCUCUCGGUCAAUCCAAAAUGUUAAUAAACCUCAAACCUUAAUAUUUAAGGGAGUAAAAGUGAGAUUUUGACUUCCUUAGGAGAAUAUCUAUGUGUGCACAAUUAUUGGGGGCAGCUAUUAGUGUGCAGAAUUAUUAUGCAACUAAAUUAAAAAUGAAAAAUUUUCCAUCUCACUUGUUUAUUUUCACUUGUUAAAGUGAGAAUGAUAAACAAACAACUCAAUUUACAAAUAAAAAUUGUUGAAAUAAGAAAAAAAAAAAUCAGUGACCAAUGUACACCACCCUUCUUUUCAUUAACAGUCAUAAGCUUUCCAUUCAUGGAGUCUUUCAGUUUCUUGAUCUGUUGACGAUCAACUUUUUGUGUUGCAGCAACCAAAGCCUUCCAGACACUGUUCUAGACACUGUUCAGAGAGGUGUACUGUCUUCCUCACUGUAAAUUUCCUGUUUAAGAGGGGCUCACAAGUUCUCAACAGGGUUUAGGUCAGGUGAAGAAGGAGGCCAUGUCAUUAUUCUUUCGUUUUUAAGGCCUUUACUGGCGAGCCACAUAGUGGAGUACUUUGUUGCAUGCAAUGGAGCAUUGUCCUGCAUAAAAAUCAUGGUUUUCUUGAAAGAUGCAGACUUUUGCCUGUACCACUGCUUGAGGAAAGUGUCUUCUCAAAACUGGCAUUGGAUUUGGGAGUUGAUUUUAAGUCCAUCUUCAACUCGAAAAGGUCCAGCUAGCUCAUCUUUAAUAAUACCAGCCCAUACCAGUACCCCGCCUCCACCUUGCUGGUGUCUGAUUCGAAGUGGAGCUCUGUGCCCAUUACUGAUCCAGCCACAGGUCCAUCCAUCUGGUCCGUCAAGAGUCACUCUCAUCCCAUCAGUCCAUAAAACCUUUGAAAAAUCUCUCUUCAGAUAUUUCUUGGCCCAGUCUUGACGUUUCGACUUGUGUCUUGUUCAGUGGUGGUCAGAUUUCAGCCUUCCUUACUUUGGCCAUGUCUCUGAGCACUGAACACCUUGUACUUCUGGGCACUCCAGGUAGGUUGCAGUUCUAGAAUAUGACAGCACCAGAGGAUAUUGGGUUCCUGGUAGCUUUACGUUUGAGUCUUCUCAAAUCUUUGGCAGUUAAUUUGCGUCUUUUUUUCUUAACACAUUUCUUGCGACCCUGUUGACUAUUUGCAUCAAAAUGUUUGCUGGUUCUGUGAUCACGCCCAAAUAUCUAAGCAAUUUCAAGAGUGCUGCAUCCCUCUGAAAGACUUUUUACAAUUUUUGACUUUUCAGAGUCAUUUAAAUCUCUUUUUUGGCCUAUUUUACCUGAGGAAAAGAAGCUGCCUAAUAAUUAUGCACACCUUGACAUAGGGUUUUGAUCUCCUUAGGCCCCAGCCUCCCUCAUUACACUAAUACACAUUACCUGAUAUGCUUAUAUCCAAUAAGCAGUCAAGUUUAUACAGCUUGGAGUUGGAAAAUAUGCAUAAAAAUGAUGAUAUGAUCAAAAUACUCACUUGCCUAAUAAUUGUGCACACAGUGUAUAUAUAUAUAUAUAUAUAUAUAUAUAUAUAUAUAUAUAUAUAUAUAUAUAUAUACCAUAUAUAUACCAUAUACCAUAUAUAUACCAUAUAUAUACCAUAUAUACACAAGAAAACAAGCAACGAGAAGCAGGUGAGACACUGAGACACAGGUGCAGACAAUCACAGAGGAGGGAAAACAGGAAGUAAAACAAGACUAGAAACACAAGGAAUAACUACAAAAAAAUAAAACAGGAAACACUGAAAACUGAUAUAAAGAAUAAAGCACUGAACCAGGAGAAAACUAAAUUAACAGAACAUAUCAUGACACUCUCAGGUUAGCCAGGAUUGAGAGUGUAGAAGCCCCUGGACACAUCUCAGAGGCUGUUGCUCAACUUCCACACUAUGUGCACAUGUCCACACACACAUGCAUGGACUACAAUCUGUUGUAAACAUCUGUACUUGACCAGGGCAGUAGUCCUUGCGGCAGUGGUUGCUGGUUUGUCUCCCAGCAUGAAUCCCAGAGUUACUCCACUGUUACCCUAUCUUUUGCUGUACUAUUUAAUAAAGGCAAAAAUGACCAAAAAUACCUCCUUCUCCCUCAUACUCGCUUAAAUACAGCAGCAGGUGAAGAGAAGGGAGGUGAGUGUUACUGUGGAGCAGGUUAGUGGGCGGUAAUGCUGUAGAGGCCUCUGAGCAUGCAGUGCAGAUACCCACCUGACAAAGACAAGUACAGCGUCGUACACAUAACUCUUUAGGCCCUUUCAAAGCAAAUCAUCGUCAACACUGUUGAUAAUCUGUUCACCUCUGGUUUGAUUUAAGUUGGAAACACUUGCCUCAGAGCAAAAUACCACCAUGUUACAGUGAGCCAGGUCAGGAUGAUCCAUUUCAAAGUAUGUUGCCAGGUAACAAUAUAUGAAAAGUCACAAAAGCACAUAUAGUCACACAAUUUAAUCCAUAAAUGUUAUUCAUGGUGUUGUACACAAAAUUGAUCCCUCCAUAUUCUAUUGUAAUGUUUUUAGUGUGUCAUAACUCUAAAAUGAUAACUAAACUCUCUUGUGGUAGUCAGUGUCUGAUCCACCUUUCUUAAAAUGACUCUAUGCUGACAUGAGUUUCGCCCAAACUGGAAAACAGGGUUUUUACUGCUCUGUUUGUAAGAUAAGAUAAGAUAUUUCUUCAUUUAUCCCACAAGGGGAAAUUCCAAAAUUUACAGCAGCGAUAAAUACAAAAGAGAAAGUACAGAAUGAAGAAACUUAGAGUUAAAAGAAUAUAAAAAAGAUAUAUACAUGAGUGUUAUUUACAGCUGUUAUGUACAUGUUGAUAUAUUACAGUUGGAAAAUUGAGAUAUUUAUAUGUAUGACUAUAUACACAAAAUAAGCAUACAUGUGUACAGAAUAUACAUAUAAUGUGGUUUACUGCACACUGAAGUUUCUGUUGUUGUGGAGUCUGACAGCUUCAGGAAGGAAUGACCUGCGAUACCUCUCCGUCACACACUUAGACGUGGAGCAUCCUGUCCCUUAAGGAGCUCCUCAGUACAGUAAGUGUGUGUUGGAGGGGGUGAGAGUCUCUGUCCAGCAUGCAGAACAGCUUGGCUGUGAUCCUCCUCUCCCUCACCUCCUCCACAAGUUCCAGAGGGCAUCCCAGGACAGAGCUGGCCUUCUUUAUGAGUCUGUCCAGCCUCUUACCGUCAGCUGCUGUGAUACUGCUCCCCCAGCUGACCUCUCCAUAGAAAAUGGCAGAGCCCACCACAGAGUCAUAGAAGGUCUUGUGUUGUUGUGUCUUUUUUUCAGCAAAUUUAUGGAAGAGAGAGUCAUUAAAAGAGUGAAAGGCUGCAAAUAAGGCUGUGUGAAGUAAAGAGAGAAAGUGGAGAACAGUGCAAGGGAGGCACUGUUCUCAGGGUCACACAAGUCGGAUUAUUCAUGUAGGAGUUUCUCUCUAUUUACUUUAAAGACUUACCACAUUUUUUUUCUGACCUCCAACACGGCUUGGCUUUAAAAAGUCUGAGAACUAUCAAAUAUAUGUCCUCAUCAUGCCCAUUAAGUCCUUAAGUCUAGUUUUAGUCAUGACCUGAGAAAAAGUGUUAGGAAAAAGUUAUAAAAGUAUAAUAUAUAAGAAUAAAUGAGGCACAAAACACAUUAAAAGAUAACUUUGUAUUUUUUUUAAAGAGGACAGUUAUCUUUUUUUCCCCCCAAAUCACGACCGAGAGGAGUUUCAACGUGACUUUUGUAAUCCUGAAACUUUAAGCUUGGAAAAGAAAUGUUGUUCUUGAUGUCUAAAAGUUAGACCAACAAACUAUAACCAAAGAGGUCUGAAAUAAAUCUCUGCCUGUAAAGGAAAGAACCCAGUAGGUGGCAGUGUUGUCUUGAAAUUAACAGUCUCAGCAGCAACAGUUCGGAUGCAGCUAAACGCAUUAAAUUUUAGACUUAGCUUUGCUUCGUUUGGUAAAGGUUGUAAUAAUAUUUAUACAGCUAUUCAACAUUUAAUAAAAAAGUAUUUUAAUCAUGACAAAUAAUGUAGUUUUACAAAAACACUUCAGUCAUAGCAAUAUUUGAUAGAUUAAAAUGUGCUUUUCCUGAAAUAAAGCGAAACAACAACAGGCAGAACCGACAUGUACAUAUUGACAUGCCCUCUGCCUUAUUCUCCCUGCAGGCUUCCUCUGCCAUUUACUAUAUUAAUGUUCCUUUUGCCAAAAACUUUCUUUAACAGGCAGAAAUCUUGAACAGAACCAGACACAUGUAAGACAGUCAUCUGCUGAGACUAAGCUGGGUUUAGAGUGGGGAUAAGAUAAGAUAAGAUAAGAUAAGAUAAGAUAAGAUAAGAUAAGAUAAGAUAAGAUAAGAAGAACUUUAUUGUCCCCAAAGGCUACCCUUACAAGUCAACUCUUUUACAGACUGCUUCGGGCUAUAGACUUUUUGUAAUUAUAUAAGAAGCUGCUGUGACCCAUGUGUAGAGACAAGGGAGCCAUGCCUAAACCCCACCGCCUCAGCUUCAUGAGCCCUCGGGUUCGCUCUCCGUGUCGUCAUCAUCUCCUGCAAAUAGAGUGCAGCUGCUCUACCAACCAAACUCUCAGAAAAAUUUCCAGGAUCUAUGAAACUGGAGAAAAAAAAAGUUCAGCAGAAGACUGUCUGGAGUUUGAAAGUUCCUCUCUAGUGAAGGUUACCAGAGGAGGAAAGCAGAUAACCAAACAAUAACUCAAUAACACAACAGUAGGAGAGAGCAGAGUACUGAGGUGCCCUGCAGGGACACCAUCCUGCUAUCCCCAAGAUACUACUGAUAAUUGAGCAUUUUUAUAAUUUUAAUAAGGCAUAUCAAGGCUCUGAACAUGUGUAACAGAUGUGGUGUCUUUGAAUAUAAUGUCACUCUUUUAAAUCUAGCAGCACAGAUAUGUGCUGUUAGAUCUAUCUUUGCCAUUGUUACAGUUUAACUGUGUCUACAGACUCCUGUUUCAAAUGUUAUUGUUAUAAUUUUCUUAAUAUAAUUAAUAAUAUUAUGUUAUUAUUACAAUAUUAUGGUUCUUACUCUUGUUUUUUUUUUUGUUUCCCAUGAUAACAAAAAAAUAAAAAAACUAUCUAAGUAUCUUCUCCAUUGUUACAUGUGUCUACCUAGACUACACUCAACGCCUUCAUGGCUCUUGGCUAUGAGGCCUGGAGGGAGGUCAGGAGGACCUUGCAGGUGCUGCUGGCAGCCAAUGAGAGCACGCUGAGAGACGAUUUCAGCCUUCGGAGCAGGUCAGUGCAAAGACUACAAAAAAUCAAAUGACUGUCACUUCACUCGUACUUUUUUACUCUAAAAAAAAAAAAAAAACAAUCAGAGUAUCAGUGGGAAAAUAUCAACCAAAAGUAAAGACAUUAGUGUUUGGUAGAUUUUUCUUUCUUUAUUUCUUUUUUGGGGUGGCUGUGGCUCAACUGAUUGUCAGUUGUCUAUUAAUUGGACACACAGGGAUUUGAUACCAGAGUUGUCUACAUGCCGCAUGUAGACAACAUGUUGCACAUGUUGCUGAUGGUGAAGGGCAAUCAUGGCAGGCCCUUUGAGACCAGAGGCUGUGUGCAGUCUGUUUAGGAUCCCCCAGCCAUAUCAUCCUGCAAAGUAGUAGACAGCCUACGGUUCUUGUUGACAGAGUGAGAAAACGUUUUUUGUGGAGUGCCAAUCCGUGUUAUUCAGUCUUGAAUCAUCUAAUCCACCAAACAAGAGUCAACCGCAGAAUCAGCUGUUGGCUGAGACAAAGUUUUCAUGGCUGCUGCUCAUCUCACAAAUGCAUGUUCCUGACAAAUAAUUCCAUUUAAAAAAGAAAUAAACAGACUUUACAGGAUAAGAUUCAUUAGCAAGAAGCAUAAAUAAAAAAAAAGAAAUCAUCUCCCAGACACUAAUGUCCUUACUUUUUUAUAUACAGGUCCAACCUGAACUUUACGUUUCAGGACAAUUCUUAAAUAAGAUGUAUGAUUUGUGCUGCUCAAUGACUUCUCAGUUCAUACAUCUGAAGUUGUAGGUGCUGACUUUGGUGGUAAAAACCCAAGAAUAAACCAAAGCUAACCCAAGGCUCGUGUUGGGCUUUAUAAAUUAGCACAACAACACAGACAUUCUGUAAGUACAGAGAAAACAUGUGCUGUAUGUAGAAGAAAUACGACCUGAAAAAAUAGAAGCCACAUGAGCGUACCAACUUACACAUAUAUAACUUUGAUGAAACUAUCACACAAGUGCCAGUCUGCUCUUAUUAUACUCUGUCUGUCUUAACUGUCUCUGUGCUCUUGGGUGAAGCACUUUGGUCUGAACGUUUGUCUCUUUCGCAUUAACAGCCAACCCAAAGGCAGCAGUCUAGCUGCAGAAAUAUGCUGCUUGGUUCUCAGUCCUUCCAGAUCAUCAACAUAUUCCAUCUGAGUUUUUGGAUCUUUCUGUUCUUGUCUCUGCAGAGCAUUCGUCCAUCAAAGUGUAGCUACCAUGCACCUCCCUGCAGACAUUGGUGAGCCUGCAGCAUGAAAACUCUUCAGACCAGAGCUCAUGAAGGGUCAUUUUGUCAAGAUGUGACCCAUCUCAUGUGAGCCUAAUGAACAGGUAUACAGGCCCUUGGUGAAAUUAUGAAUUGUUUCAGAGAAACCCUGCUCUCUGUUUUUCACAGGUGAUUACACUGACUUCUACUCCUCCAGAGAUCAUGCCACAAACGUCGGCACUAUGUUCCGGGGAAAGGAAAAUGCUCUGAUGCCAAACUGGUACAUAUCCACUUUUCUCCUACUAUAGAGAUGUACAGAUAAUCUCUGACAGACUGACCUGAGAGGUUUUGUGUUAUUUGGAGUGUUAGGUGGACACACACUGAACUAAAUCUUUAAACAUGUCUAUAAAUGGUUAGAGGUAAAAGGCUGCAUUAAGAUUCUUUAAAGCAGGUUUACAGCACAUGCAGCUUUCCCUUGCAUGUGUCUAUUUGGCUUUUAGGAUCUUGACUGUAAGUAAUCAGCCCAUUCAUGUCAUUUUGGUCCUUUAUUAUACCUUUAUUGAAAUUAUUCCGAUUAUAUGAGGGACUAUUUUUUAAAACACUGUCAAUCAAAUCAUGCAAGUUUAAUGAAAAGAUCAAAUAUCAUUUAGCUUUACAUUAAGAUAAACUCUGUUGUUCCUGUUUUCGUGCACAGAGGCCCAAAAACUCUCUUUUCAUAACAAAGCAGCAGACAAAGUUAUCGGCUAAAUAUUAUUAGUUAACUUUGGUGGCAAAUGUUCCUCUUUGGGAUAUGGAACAUUAAACACUGAGAGCCUGAUUUCCUAAAGGUCUGUGUGUUUCUAAAUGAAAGCACAGUACAGAGUGAGGACUGAGUGUUUCAAAUGUGCAAAAUAACACUUGUCCAUUUAGCACGUUUUCACUGAUGACUAUGCUUAUGUAGUGUUUUAAACCUUGGUGUGCAAAAUACUGGGAGGAGAAAAUGAAAGAAGUGAAUUAAUCAAAGGCUCUGCAAUUUACUCCAACUGCAGACAGUUUCUGUGAUUUCUACUAUGUGCAAAUAUAUAUAAAAAUAAUAUAAUAUUUUCAGUGGAGGUGACCUGCUGAGGUUUUAUUUAAAGACACUUUCCUCUCUCUUCUCCUUUUUUCAUGGCACUGACUUCCGCAGUGUACUCUCCUGGGUCUCAUUCCUCUCAGAUUCAGUCUUUGUUUUGGCUAAAAUAUUGUUUCUUCCCUCCCAAAUACCUGUAUUUGGGCCAAAUCUCAUCUUGCACCUGCUGUCAGUUUACUUUCUGUCCAUACUCUCUACAGUUUUAUUGAGAUAAACAUGUAAAACCUUCACUUAAAUACUACUGCCUCCACAGUCUGUAAACUGUGUCUGAUGUACACACAGUUAAGUAUUUGUCAUUUUGAAUCUUAGUGAAUCAGUCUUAAGAGUUAGAAUUUCAUUAACCACUUACAUUAUGAUACAAUAUGAUAUGAUAUGAUAUGAUAUGAUAUUAAAUAAAUCUAAACUAGAUUAGAUUAGAUUAGAUUAGAUGAGAUUAGUUGGGUUUAUUGACCCUUUUGGGAAUGUUUCCUUAAAGGAAUUAAAAUUGAAUAUCAGUUCAGCUCCAUGUUUCUCACAGAGUUGCUGUUGUGCUGAUGUUUGGUUAAACAUAUUUAGUGUGAAACUAUAAUUCACAGCCCCCUGUUUGAAGCUUGACCAUGGUGCAUCGAUCGUGACCAACAUUAAAAGCUCUUCCUGAUUUCUCACUGUGGUCUCUGCUGUGCAAACUCUCUGUUAUGCAGGUUGAGGCUUCCAGUUGGAUACCAUGGUAGAGCAUCAUCAGUUGUUGUUUCUGGGACCCCCCUUCGUCGCCCCUCAGGCCAGAUGAGACCAGACCAAAGUAAGAUACUUUAAGAUUCAAGGUUCUUCAUGCAGCAAGUUCAGGAACUGUGAAGUUACUCUUUCCUACAUUUACUAUUCGUGCUACAAAAACUACAAAUCAAAGUCAGGACACGGUAACAUCGACUCAAAGAUCGUUCUAAGAGUGUUACAGAUGUUUUAUCUUAAAACAUCUUUCAAAGUACAUCUAGAAUGUGAUAAGUCAAUUUUUGCUAAAUUUUGUCACAAAGGCCAUGUGAGUUUUGAUGAAGCAGCAACAUUUUAAGAGAGAGUCAAUAAAUCGAUGGUCAGCUCUGACAGUCUGCAUCCUCUCAAACAACUACAAAAGAUUAAAUAAACUGAUAAUAUAUGUGAGUGAUGAUGAUCGUAUAAGUAAAUCAAAAUACUUCAACUUGGGAGAAAACUUUUAUAACACCUUGAAGACCAUGAACUAAAAUGAGUUUUUUUAAACAUUGGCAGGCCUGUUAUUGAUGUUUUUAAAUAUAGAAUAUUAAAAUUGAUGCAACAGCAAUGUUGAUGAUGUUGGGAUGUCAAACCCUUUUUUAAUUCUACAAUUAAAAAAAAAAAACUAAAUAAAUAAAUAUUAAAUGGAUGGAGAUCAGUUUUAGUCAGCUCAAUUGAUAAUAGAACAAUGUGGUUUGGUUCAAAUGAAGCACAUAGCUUGUUUCUAUCUGUAAUACUCGGACAUUGUUGUGAUACUGCGAUUCAGCUUUUCCUGCUUUUUAUGCAGUGAAGUGUCCAAAAAGUGGUUUUGAUGGACUCUUGUGAAAACAAUCCUUAAUCUGGAAGUGUAUGGUGAAUAUUAUUGGUUUACAUUUUGGUCUUUGCCUUUCUGUAAAGUGUUGAUAUGUGUCAAGAACAGGCUAACAAAAAAAGGGACUGAAAUGCAGCACAAUGAGUCUGAUUGAGGCCAAAAUCCGGCUUUUAUUACGGUCCAAGAUUCAGUACACAGUUAGACAGUCAACACAGGCAGAGAUAUCCAAAAAACACAAGACAAAAAGGCAGGGUCAAAAGCUUUCUAGGUCAGAAACAUGAAGGCUAUGGGAUACUAAGGAUGCUGGAACAUGACGGCACAACAAACUGGUGACGAGACAGUGAGAGACAUGGGGUUAGAUCAGUGGUUCUCAAUCCAGUCCUCGAGGCCCCCUGUCCUGCAUGGUUUGGAUGUUUCUCUGCUCCAACACACCUGAUUCAAAUGAUCAGCUCGUUAUUAAGACCAUUACAGAGCUUGAUAAUGAAAACCAAAACAUGCAGGAUAGUGGGCCUCGAGGACUGGAUUGAGAACCACUGGGUUAGAUACAAGAGGUAACAAGGGUGAUGGGAAACAGGUGGGGAUGAACAAUCAGGAGGCAGGUGUGACAAGACGGGGGCAGGGCAGACAGGAACAUAUCUAGAAGACAGAGACAAGGGUUAGUGCUACAAAGUAAAACAAGCAGGAAACACAAGAAAUGAAAUGAUAUGAUAUGAACAAAAUAAAGGUAACUUGACCAUUAUAUGACAGAUCUGACCAUGAACAUAUCUUCUCUCCUCCUCUCAGCAAAGCCUCCAGUGUUUGGUGCAUCUAAGCAGUUGGACAUCGAACUGGAGAUGGUGAUUACAGCAUUUUACUUGAUCAAAUCACCCUAGUAUUUGUUUUGGUGUUGGUCUGAGUUGCUUUUACUCAGUGGUGUAUUGUGCAAUCAUGAAAAGUAUUUCACAGCUUUUCUCUCUUUUUUUUUUUUUCUUUAACAAGGCCUUCUUUGUUGGUGGGGGGAAUCAGCUCGGAGAGCCCAUACCCAUCAAGAAAGCCCAUGAACACAUUUUUGGGAUGGUUCUUAUGAAUGACUGGAGCGGUAAGUGUCUCUGUAACAACAUCUUUUGUGUUUAUGCUUGUUAACAGUUUUUUGGUUCACUAAUCACAAGAGACUGAUAGAGGGAGAUGGAGAAAGAGAGAGAUUGACAGAGGAGAGACUGAUGCUCAUAGUUGAAGAAGCUGUUAAGCAGACAGGUCCUCAGCAGCUAAAGGUCUGCAGCAGUGAUCCAGAGGAAACUACAGGAUGAUGGAGCUCAGAGACUCCCAGAAAAGACUGAGUAUGAGUGACUCUAAUGGGACAUGAUUCAAAGACACAGACAGACAGAAAGAGGAUGGAGAAAGAAGGAAAGGUGCUCCAUGAGUCCCCUGGCAGUCUAAUGGGGCGCUCAUACCAAGCACGAGUAAGAUCAUCUACUUCAUUAAUUCGUCUGAAUCAAGAUGUGCGAAUGAACAGUAUUUACUCGCUUCAUUCCCGCAUCAAUGCUCAUUUCAACAGUAAUCCCUGCCAAUUUAACCAGCAGGAUCAAGUGAUAGACAAAGAUUUUUUUACAAUUUACCAGGUAAUCCGACCUCCUCACUCACUUGCCUCUAGACAAGCUCCUUUUUAUUCCAGUGUCAUAUAAUUUGGGGCACCCACACACCAGCUCGAUCAGUUUGCCCUCCAUUUUAGAUACCAGUGAACGACCGUCUGUUUUCAUACGUCACCCGGUAAUCUUUGUGCUGAGUAGUUAUCGUGACGCGAAUAUCUGCUCAAGUCGCCCAAUGUGCCUCAUUCACGCCGCCAGAGUCGUAGGAGUGACUAAUCGGGUCGGUGCAUCAACUUAACAUGUAAUUCAUUCGGGCUAAUGAUUUUAUCUGUGCUUUGUAAAAGACAGUAAGCCUAUAGCAACAUAACUCAGAACAGGUCAGGACCUGAACCAGCUCCAACUACUUGCUUCAUCAAAGAACAUUUUAAGUUGACUUUAAAAUUGCUGUUGCUGUGACACUUUCAUAGGUUUUAAAGUGAUAGCAUCAAAUAGACUUGUUGAAUACACACACAAAAAAUAAAACAAUAUAAUCUCAGUGUACACUGUUUACUCAUGUUGAGAAGUGAGUUUGUGGUUAUCAGGGGAGAGGAGUACAGCAGCUCUUCGUCACUCAGUAGACCUUUAUCUCUCAUUCUGCUGUGAUGGUGUGUGUGUGUGAACAGACUAGGUUUAAACUGAUGAUCAGGAUGAUGAGACAAGAAUCAUAUACAAACUCUGUUACAUCUAAACACAUUUUAGAUGUUAAAUACAAACAUUUGCUUUCAACCCAAAGAUUCACAAAUACAAAAAUAAAUUCAUUUUGUACCUAUUUAGAUAUAUAUUGUAGAUACAUAAAAGUCAUAGCUAAUGAAAAGAGCUGUCGGUUUUAGCUUUUAAACAUUUUAUGAUGAACAUGUUCUUAUUUUGUUCUGGACCUUCACUUAAAACAUUCAACAGCACUUGAGAAGCAGUUACAUACUCAUCAGAAGUUUAUCAGACAAAGUGUGAUGUUUUAUUGUAACUGAAGAUGAUAUUUUGCUCAGAUUGAAAUGCCUUUACAAGCGUAGUAAUUCUGAUCAAAGUCAAAGUUAUUAAUGUAUUUUAAUGCCAUGGUGGACCAUGUCAGAACAUCAUUCCCAGCAUUGCAUGCUGUUGGUGGUGUAUGCUGUUCUGAUGGAUGUUUUCUCCUUAAUAACCAACUUUUUUUUACCCUCCUCUUGUUGUUUCCUGACAUCAAUUCCUUAGCAUCAUUACAGGAGAGCAACUGACUACUUUUGUGACAACAUUUACUUCUCAGCCAGGGACAUCCAGGCAUGGGAGUAUGUACCUUUGGGUCCUUUUCUGGGAAAGAACUUUGGAACCACCAUCUCACCUUGGGUUGUCCCCAUGGAGGCGCUAUUACCAUUUGCAGAAGCUAACCCCAUCCAGGUCAGUACACCUGAGUAACAACUUCAAACAGCAGAGGUCAGCAGAGGGGAAAAACCUUUGGGAGGAGAGAAAAGUCCACGAGAACAACCAGGUUACAAGCUCAUGCAACCUAAUAUAACCUAGUACAACCUAAUACAAGCUAAAAUAUCUGAGUACAACAUAAUACAAGGUAAUACAACCUAGUACAACCAAGCACAACCCAGUAAAACCUAAUCAAACCUCAUACAACCUCAUACAACCUCAUACAACCUAAUACAACCUUGUCCAGCUUGAAAGCCAGGUCAUGCUGACUUACAGUAACUGCUGAUGGCUAGUUUUGUAAAGGCAGAUAAAUUGUUGUUUAAUUAGGAUGACUUAAUAACAAAGAAAAUACAAAGAGGUAGGUGCUUACAAACAUCAUUUUAAACCAAUAUUGUAAGUAACGGGCAAUUAUCAAAUUUGUGUUUUGACCGAAUUCUGAGGAAAUAAUUUUACCAACUUUGGGUAUAAAUGGUGAUACAGCUAACAGCUAUGAAGCCAGUGGUUGUACUAUCUGUGUUUUCUUGUUUCCAUUAAAGGGAUAUUCAGGCAUGAAAUUAAAUUAGUGUCAAACACACUGUAACAUUGAGUUAGACAUCCCCUCGAGAGAUGAAUGUUGCUGACCGCUUGCUUUUCUAGUUAUACCAACUUAAGUAACAACUGCACGAUAGCAAUACACAGUGGUCUGAGGAGCCACAAACAAACCUCAAACAAACGCCACUCUGUAGCCACAAAUAAUUCUCAAGCCAGCACCUAACUUCAUCAACAGUACAUAUAGGGUCCCAGCCAUAGUACUAGCCAUCAAACAUCUUAUCAAACAUUUUAGUUUGCUAAGAGGAUGAGUGAAAUCUUUUGUCUCUUUAUCUUCCAGGAUCCAGAGCCGCUGCCUUACCUGCAACACCAGGAUGAUUACACUUUCAACAUUAAUUUAUUUGUGUCCCUGAAAGGUACGGACCUCCUGCUGAAUCUCAUCUAAUGAACUGUGAUGCAUGUUGACAUGUUUUUUUCAGAUAAACAAACAUCCAGCAUCCCACACCUGUUUGUUAAGUAAACUUCUAUACUUGGCACAUUAACUACAAUCAAUACUUAACUAAUUACUCAAUCAAUUAAUCAAUAGAUCAAUCAAUCAAUCAAACUUCUUUUGUGAAGUCCAUUUGAUAGAAAGAGAUGGAGCACAAAAUUGUAUACAUUAUUCAUACAUCAUUCAAAACCAUGAAAAUAAGAAAUAAAAUGACAAUGAUUAAAAAUUCUACAUCAUGAGAUUACUGGAGCUGAGGCAAACUGAUAUUCCUGUCCAAUACAGUUAUAUGGUCUGAAUCAACUGUUGCAUAUGAAGUUAUGAAGUUUUGAACUGUCUCAUCAUGAUUAUAAAUCUGUGUUUGCACUAUUAGGACAGAGCAUGGAAAGGGCAGCAACCAUCUGCAGGUCAAACUUUAAGGUAAGUCAAAACACCUACAUCUGUGUUUUUGCAUGUUUUUGCAAAGCGUGGUAAAAUUAAUGUUGUUGGUGCACUUCUGCGUUUUUUCAGUCAUCUGUCGUCUGUCAUCAUAGUGUUAGAAAAAGCAUGUGCACCUGGCUUUAUAAAAGACUGGGGGAUAUCACUCUGUUACAUGAUACUCCCCCAAUCAACAUGGUUUUCUGCACUGUGCGCCUUGCUUGGAGCCAGAGUUUGGUAUAAGACAAGAUAGAUAAGGCCAAUAAUAGAGAUAUUAAUGUAAGAAACAAAAAUAUCAUUAUUGUUGUUGUUUUAUUAUUUUUUUUGGCUGCCUGUGUAUUACUCCUGAAAAAAGUUUAGAUAGACUGAGACAUUUUAAAAGAAUAGUGUGAUGUAAUGUCAUAUUUUCCCCCUGUCCCCCGUCUUCAGUACAUGUACUGGACCAUGAAACAGCAGCUCACCCAUCACACAGUAAAUGGCUGCAAUGUCAGACCUGGAGACCUGCUGGCUUCUGGUACAAUCAGUGGACCUGUGAGUAUCUACAUGUUUAUGAUUUACAGUCUUUACAGAUCCACCCAUGGACUCAAACUCCUCACCUCAGUGUACUGUCUGCAGUCACAGUGCUGUGUUCCUGCAGAGGAGAUGAGCAGGCUAAUAUGAAAAAUGAUAACAGAGAAAACUUAAACAGAAGUGAAAGGUUUGAUUAAUAAAGAACUGCUUAUGUUAACAGUUUUCAAUAAUAAGCACAAAUAAUUAACUAUUCAUAGACCAACAAACCUGUGCAACAAUACCGUACACCAGAGUGUGGAGCCACCUUGCAUCGGAUGUGUGAUAUCCCAAAGUUAGACAUGCAAGAUUACAAAACAGACACCUCAGUUUUAAAUGCAGGGAUGCUGUUCACCUGUUCAUGUUGUUGACGGAGUGGUUGUUAAUAAGGUUUUAAGGUGUUUUUCUGUUGUGCAACUCAUCACUCUCUUUCUCUCUCUCUUUGACACUUUGACCAUCUAACGCUGUGAAUCAUGUUUCAAUAAUUAACUUCAAAUAGGUUUAACAAAAGUUUAAAGACUGCUCGCAGAAUACUGAGUUAUGUUACAUGUUAGAACUGAUAUUCAAAUCUGUGGCAGUGCUGCCACCUACUGGCAGCUGGUAUAUGUAUAUUAAAAUACGAGACAGCCUGAUUCAUCCUAGUUCAAGUGUCAUUAGUUAAACUCCUAUAUCUGUACAAUAUAGUAUAAGUUCAGUAGUCAGAAAAAUUAGUUUUUUUUUGUUUUUAAAUGUUCUGUACAUUUGCACGGACCUUUGCAUUUACUGUGUGCUCUGUAUUCAACAAGGAUCCAGAAACUUUUGGCUCCAUGCUGGAGCUGUCAUGGAGGGGAUCUAAAAACAUAGAUCUGGAAGGAGGAGAAACCAGAACCUUUCUAAAGGAUGGAGAUGAAGUCACCAUCACAGGUGAGAACCAACUUUCAGCUUCUUUUGGUCCCAACCUAGCUAACACAUUAACUGUGGGAUUCCUUGGCAGAAGUGAUUUUGUCAACCAGGACCUCAAGCAUCAUUGACUACACCUCACCCUGAAUAUAGCCGUAAUGGGACUGUCUUGUCUACAGAUAUAAAUGAGGGGUGUUUAGCUAAUUAAUUAAGUUUUCAUCUUAACAAUCCACCUGUAACACAGUAUGGAACCUCUUCUCCUGUUUAGGUCACUGUCAAGGUGAUGGAUACAGAGUGGGAUUUGGACCCUGCUCUGGAACCAUUCUUCCAGCUCUCAACCAGCUCUGAACCGCUGAAUCCUCUCUGUGUUACACCUUGUUGAUGCAGGAGUUUAUGGUUAAGGAGCCCAAAGCAAGAACUGACCCAACUUUUUAGAAGCUGAACGUUUUAUAAUCCUAUUUGCAGUCAUUUUUAAAUAUUCUGAACAUGUGUGAUUCUGAUUUUCAUGAGAAAUUCAAACAAAAACAGACUUGAAAUGUUUCCACAUAUAAUAAUAUCUACCUUUUAUAAAUAAUGAAGUUUACCUCUAUGAAUAUUGAAAAUGAAGGUUUUAAUAGUCCAGUAAGAUGCACCUGUACAUCCAGUCUGGGCUGUAAGAGUUACUGAUAUUCUGGGUUUUAGCUGCUGAGUCAUAAUAAGUCUCAAAGAUUGUGUCUUUUUCUCUGUUUGCUCAGUGUGCCUGUCAGACGUCUGUGGUCUUGAAACAUGCAGAGUUUCUAAAUAAAUUGCUGAUAAAUUUUCUAAUGCACAGGGUGGAACAUGAAUCAAUCGAACUGUGAUCCUGAUGUUGAAGUUUCUCAUCAAUUCCUUACAGUGGGAUUAUUCCCAAAGACAAAAACACCUUUAGGUCAGAGAUUGUUGUGGAUAGCACGACAACGAUGGCGAUGCUGUGUUCCCUGUGUGCGACUAUUUUUAAGUAAAAUGACAAAAAAAAAAAAACUAUUCUGUUUCAAAAUACAUUGUACUGACACAUUUUUAACUAACAUGCUGUUUUUCUGCCUCCAAAGUAGCUGAACCCCAAAUGCUGAAUGCACCACCAUGACACUGUUCUUUUUCUGAUCUGAUUCUGAGGACACAGGAGGCCUCUGUAGUCUAGUCGACUCAUUGAUUGGAACGAGCUGAGUCAACCAAAAUGAUUGAUUGACUUGAUUUUUCUCCCGUGUCAAUUUACAGUGUAUGGUUAACGUCACCAGGAGAAAUGUACUAAGUGCUAAUGGGGGUGUUUUCAGAGCACCCCUGUUUCACAGAUAACAGCCUGUCUCAGAACAACCCCCUUGUUUUCCCCAUUUUGGAUUCGUCCAACUCACUGGAGACUGACUGAAGACCGGAAGAUUGAAGAGUGUCCACAUUGAACAACCUCUGGUGGUUUGCUAAAUAUUUAUAUUUAGCCUUUUGUGUUUCAUUUCUUUCUUGUGCUGAUAUCAAUAUAUUUUCGCCCCGCAGAGUCCCCCACCCCACCCCCAUUAGUCGAUUUUUGGUCAAAAAUUUCAAGGUUUUAGUCGACCAAGGAUUUCUUGGGUUGAUUACAGCUCUAGUAGUCCCUACACUCUCAGAUUAAAGCAGGAUUCAGGACUUGAGGAGGAAUGGGUUUUCAGUUGUUGAGUUACAAUCAUACUAGAAUUAACCCCAGAACAUGACCUGUUAUAAUAUGAUGCAGUGUCAUUUAAAAACCCAGAUCUGAAUGUAAGAAGUACCCGAGCCCUUUAAAAAGUUCCUUCUUUAA